CUUCAGCCUGGCAACACCUCCUCAACAUCUGAUGAUUCGCGCUGCUCCUCGCUGAUAUGUCCACGCCCGCGGUCGCACGUGCUGAGAAUAUCUCCCUACUUCAUCUCCUUCAUUUAGUUCCAGUUCCCCCUUCCAGCAACGUGACCAACAAGGCUUCGCCACAUCAAGGAAGUUAUGCGCUGUCUUACAACCAGGAACGACACCUUACUGGUACAUUGGCUUUCAUCUGUAAUACGAGAGAUGAUUCCGAUCACACACCAGCGCUUUGUAUCGAAGAAGAUUCCCAGUCAGCGUCGCUGAAUGUUAUGCUGGCGGUGAACAGGGCAGACGAGGAAGAUGGCAGUAACGUCCUUCAAGAUCUUAAAGAAGGCCUCGAAAAAAUCUUUGGCUUUCUGUCUGGAAUCUCAAAAGAACGAAACAAGAGCCGAGCCAUAGAGGCUGAGGUAUUUACUGCAAUAAUCGCAAUGUGUUCACACCGCAUCCUGAGACGUUUAAGGCUUGUGGGGAAAGAUUGGGGCAUCCCAACACAAUCUCUCGGAGGCUUCCUAGGAGAAGCUAUCAACUCCCUCAGGCAAGUCGACCCUCAAACUCUGCACAGCCUGCCCGUCGGGCUGUUCACAGAAAGAGCCAAGGAAGUGAUAAGACUUUCCGAAUUGUGGGCCAUACAACGGGAGCCAGCACAGCUGGAGAGGCUAGUCGGAGGCAUCCAUCAACUAAAGCAGGCUGAGGGUCUCCAAGCGGUGAUGGACUCGAUACCAAACAGUGCGAUGUGCGCCACGUCAAAGCAAAAUCUUGUCAACAUCGUCAGCAAAGUAUCGAGGUAUCGGGAGGCUGCACGGUUCUUAUCUCGCACAGCCAGAAGAGUCCCUGUGUUUCGGCGAGCAAAAGUUGUUACUGUCAACUUGCCGAAAGAGGGCUUCAGCAAAAGUACAGGCGAAGGCCAUACUCCACAGCUAAGAUCCACGAUCGCAAGAAUCAGCACUGUUCAUCAAGAGCCAGACUUCUAUUGUCUCUGUCGAGUCUUGAAAACAAGCGAGUCAAAGCUGAACGAACAGUUUGCUGCCCGAACAGCGAAGACAUUGCGCGCAGCCAAGAUACAUGCCGAAGUCCAACUUGUCGCCCACUAUGAGCUGAACGCUUCGAAACUACCGCCACGAGUGGUCUGCUCCAGCAAGAAUUCAUGCUUCUUGUGCAACGCCCUCAUCCUGAUGCAUGGAAAGAUGCAUACGCCUCGAUACCAUGGGCGGAUGGAUUCUGGAUGGAAGCUGCCAUCGAUGUCCAACCUCAGUGAGCUGGAACUGAACCUCAACUCAGCACUCGAGGAUCAGAUCAGAGACAGCCUGAAACGACUGCUACUGAGACCGAACAAGACGAUCAACCUAGAGCCGAAUGGAGUCGCCAUACUCACCCUACCGUCAUCUACAUCGACAUUGCCCACAAAAUCGGCUUUGCUCGACACCCUCGGAUCGAACGCAACACCCCUCGGAAGCGCCCUGGCCAGCAGCACAGCCAUCCCGCGCGAGCACCUGCUCCCGCCCAUGGACCGCGUCUCGGACUCUCUCCCGCACACGAAAAGCGCGCUCUCCGUGCCAAACUCAAAGAGCGACGCAACACCAAAAACCGCCAUCCAGUCCAGAGUCGACUCGCCAAACCAGUCCGCCACAAACCUCUCCUCUCAACACACUCCCCCGCCACUCCGCCACAAGCCCAAAUCAAGCAACAUCACCCGCCUCACCCAGGGCGCGCCGCAAACCCGCCGCGUGGUGCCCACCCUCGAGUCCGAGGCCCACGUCAACGCCGCCGGCGCGCUCAGAAUCCACGUCGAGUGCGCCACGCCGGCGCCAGAUGCCGCUGCGGACGCGCGCUUGACGUACGGCAUCGAGUGGCUCUCGGCCGCGAAGGCGCGCGAGCUGCUGGAGCACCGCGCGGUGGAGAUUGUGGACGUGGAGGCGUUGAGGUGCGGGGAGGCGCAUGCGGUGGUGCAUCGAGAUGAGGUGUUUGUGCGGGCGCGGGGGGCGGUUGUGAG